AGUGUCCCCGAUAAUUUUGCAGGGAGAAAACGAGUCACAGCCAGGUGGGGUGACUCUGUUGCGCGAAUGAUUCUAGAGUUCAUCAAGGUUGAAUCCAAGAUGUAUCUUAAUUUUGCUUAUGGUGUGACCUGAGUCAAAGAACCAAUGUCUUCACAAGUAUGGGCCCUCGGUCGCUGGCGAGAACUCUGUACACUGUGUACAGAGUGCAUGUAGACUCCUUGGUGGCUGGCAGGGGCCCGCCAGGCAGGGGCGGCAGCUCACACCGCUUGUACUCUUUAUGCCUUGACAUGAAUUAUGUAAAUUCUCUUUACGUUAAGGAGUGCCAGAUCAUUUCUCCCAGUGGGCUUCAUUGGUCAGGUAUAGACUUAAUAAGAGUUUGUAACGGGCCACACACUGGCAGACAGUAAAGUCGUGUGGCACGCAUAGAUACAGUAGGUACAGCCUGAGGCGCAAUUAAGUGUUACAUAAUAAGUCACCAAGAGCAGUUUUCCUUGGUAACCCAGCACUGCAGCACCACUAAAUUGACUGAACCCACUGACACAAGCUCAAUUGGCUGUUUGGCUGCCUGCUGCCGUCUGGUAAUGCCUAUUUGUCAAGUGUCAACUCGGGCUUGAAGGACACUCACCCACCCAGCCAAAAGUCUCUAUGAUCCGUGCACCCAGCCAAGGAGUCCCUGGGAUCCUUGGGGAGUUGAGGAUGGUGCCGCUGGAUGGGCGGGGGGCGGAGCGCCUGCUUGUGGUGGCCCGUCACCUGAGCCUGGCCCGCAGGUGCCACGGACAGAAUCAAAACCAUGUUGCCGUUAAAUGGCGUGCAACAUCUGCAGUGGAGGUGGUGGGGGUGGAGGUGGAAGAGCCACCGCAGGGGAUGGAGGAGGCCUAUGCCACACUCCUCACCCCAGCCGCCCUCCAGUUUGUAGCUCGUCUAACAAGGCAGUUCAACGACAAAGUGGAUCUUAUGAUGAAUGAGCGUAUGAGAAGAAAAGUGGAACUAGACAUGACAGGCAGCCUUCCAAAGUUCUCGAAUCACCCCCAGGCCCAGGCACCAGACUGGAAGGUGGACCCGGCACCCAGGAGGCUACAAGACCGUAGGCUAGACCUCGGCGACGUGUCUCCAGCCAACACAGAACACUUUGUGAAGGCCCUCAAGUGUAGGGUUAAUGGCAUCCAGACAGACUUUGAUGAUGGCCACUGUCCCACAUGGCUGGCCCAGCUGCGUGGUUUGCACAAUGUAUACAAGGUGGUCCAUGGCCUCUCUGGCCUGGGGGAUAUUGGGAGCCUGCCGGUGCUGAUGCUGCGGCCCCGUGCGUGGAACAUGAUUGAACACAACAUGUUGGUGGAUGGCCGGGAGGUUCCUGGCCCACUGUUUGACUUUGGGCUGCUGAUGUUCCACUGUGCCGGCCGCCUGGUGGAGGCUGAGAGUGGCCCCUUUUUCUACCUGUCCAAGCUGGAGGGGGCGAACGAGGCGCGGCUGUGGGAUGAGAUCUUCUGUUGGACCCAAGACCAGCUUGGCAUCCCCAGAGGGACCAUCAAAGCAUGUGUGCUGAUAGAGAACAUCCUCGCAUCCUUCGAGAUGGAGGAGAUUCUUUAUGGGCUUCGGCACCAUUCCAUCGGACUCAACUGUGGCAUCUGGGACUACUCCGCUUCCUUCGUCAACAAGUUUGGACACCGGAAGGACUUCAUACUGCCCGACCGCAACAAGUAUGUCAACAUGCAGCGCCACUUCCUCAAGUCGUACAUGGACCUGGUCAUCCACACCUGCCACAAACGCGGAGCCCACGCCACGGGGGGGAUGGCGGCCACUAUCCUCGAGAGCAUAGAGGACACCAACCCUGUUUCGCAGGUGACGUCUGGUAAGGCACGGGAGUUGAUGGCUGGUGCGGACGGCUUCAUGGUGUAUGACAUGCGCUUUGUGCCCAUCAUGGAGAAGUUCUAUAAAAGUUUCCCGUUCACCAACCAAAUUAACCGUUUGAGGGAGGACGUGAGGCUGACACCACAUGACCUCCUAGAAAUGCCGGCAGGAGGUGUCACCCUGGAGGGCCUGAAGCACAACGUGGCGGUGGGGGUGCUCUUCAUCGCUGCCUGGCUGAGGGGGGAGGGCCACUACAUCUACAAGGGCGCUGUGGAGGACUCUGCCACCGCUGAAAUAUCCAGGUCGCAGGUGUGGCAGUGGAUCAGACACAGGGCAUCUCUGGAGGGCAGCGGGGAAGUGAUCACACGUCAGCUUGUCCAGUCCCUCAUCAAGGACUUUAUCAGUGCUGCCUCUGCCACCACUGCAAGGGAGGAAGGAAAGGUGGCAGGGGAGAGGCUGGCCAUUGCAGGGGAAAUCUUUGAGGAGGUGGUGACCAAGAGGGACUUCCCAGAGUUCCUGACCACCUACCUCAAUCAGGACCACACCUUCCGGGCCCACCAAAAGCGACUUUCAGCUUAAACCCUAAAUUGCUGGGUACGGUGAGACUCUUGGUUGUUAGAUUAGGCCAGGCUCUGUGACUAGACCCAUAAGUGUAUAUCAUUGGUCCGUCCACAAGCCCCAACUGAAUGUGAUAGUAGGAAUGCUGAGAAGGGUGAAAUCUUAUUGGUUUUUACUGGACUGGUAUAGGCAUGGCUUAUUUGUGAUGCUAAUGUGAACAGACGGUAUAUCCCAGAUUGGUGUGCUCCAGAUAGACGAAUUGGAUUGGUGUAUAUCAUAGGGCUGUUUGGUUUGUCUGUGUUUCUAUGUUCUCUGAUUUGAGUCUCAUUUAAUAAUUCAGGCUUGACUCACUGACUGGACCACACAAUACACAGAGGCAGUGUGUUGAAUUGAAAACUUCAGAUAUUUUUCUAGGCUCUCAUAAUUACUGCCUGGACCACUCUAUAUAUCAGAGGUAAUGUGGUGGUUAAAUGGAAGACUUAAGACAUUUUAGCAUAGUUCUUGUGUGCUUUAUUUCACGAGUACUUAUGCGGGGAAUAAUAAUGAUAAUCCUGAUUUCCUUGCUGUUGCCAGUGAAUAAGAAGAAUUUAUUUGUAUUUUGGAUAUUAUAUUUAUGUAUUUCACAACUUAAUUAGGUGAAUAAUAAUAAACCUGUUUUUUUAUGUAAGUUAAUGUGAAAAGACAACUGGUGAGAUUAUAGACUUGAUAGCAUACUGCUGUAGGCUAAUAUGUUAAAGACUAGUUCAGGGUUAUUGUAUAGGGGAUGUAAUUGGGGCUGUCAGUGUGCAAUAUAGAAGGUGGUGUGGGGGAAUGUUUUGUGCUGCCUUCGUCAAUACAGGGUGAGAUUGUUCUUAGUUUAGGGGGCUACAUCACCAUGGUCCCCACCAGCCAUCUUGCCCCUUAAGCCCUGCUACUUCAAUCAUCCUCUAUUCUGGGUAGCAUCAACUUCAGCUCUAGCUUAUUUUUAAACAUUAUUAAUUUCAUGGUUUACAGUCAUGGUUUAUGGUCUUUUUCUGUUCGUUCUUUUGUUGGAGCAGUGCCUAGUGGUCUAUUUUGUUCCUUUUUUGUUUUUUGCCCUUGAACUGCCUCCCUUGCUGUAAAAAAGUCUUUAUACAGGUUGAGAAUCCCUCAUCUGAAAUCCCUGGGACUGAAUGUGUUGCGGAUCUUAGAUUUUUUCAGAUUUCAUAAUAUGCAGGCCCUUUUGACAUUUUCAACAAUAUUUUUACACCACAGAGCACACAACAUGCGGUAAUCACAAUGAGUAAUGAGUGAAGGUGCUACUGUGAUGACUGCUGACAACAAACCAACUCAGAGCAGCACCAGAGUUGCCAGGUCGUGGACUGUGUCCCCGCCCAAUCUCAUCCCAAAAGCCACCCAAAACCUGUGGUGGUGACGGGCAAAUGUUUUUACGCCCAAAGUGUCAACGCAGCAGUAGAUUUACCCACCCAAUUGGGUGGGUAAACUGCGGACUUGACAACCCUGAGCAGCUCCUAACAUCUGUAAGUGGUGGAACCUUCCCAUCACUUUGUGGAGUUUUCCAUUUGUGACAUGUGAUGUCAGCAUUAAAAAAACUUUCGGAUUUUGGAAUUUCGGAUGAAGGAUUCUCAACCUGUAUAAAAAAAAAAAUCCAAACCAAUCAGUGGCAACUUCAAGAAGGGAUUAGGGCAAAGGGACAAGUUACCUUUUGGUGUGUGUGGUGCUAUAAGUGUGCAAUUUUUAAGGUGCUUUUAUAUAUAUUUUUAUCUUCGUCAUCAAUGUACUUAUCACAGAAGCAGAGUGACCCAUCAAAAAAGGCCUCAGCUGUGAUAAUAAUAGAUGAUGAUGCAGGUCUUCCAAGUUUUAGAAUCAAUAAUCUUCUAGAAAUAUUAUAAAUGAACUAAAGAAUGAAGGGAGAGAGUAUAGAUCUAAGGAUGGUUGCUUCAGCUCCUAUUCCAUUGCUUUCCUUGAUUUUAUUAAAUUUGCUAUUAAAAUUGUAUUUUGUAAGCUGCUGUCACCCACCUGAUUUCCAAGCUUACAAGUAACUCAUUUUAAAUUUAAUCAAUGUCUUUAUGCUUCUUUCUCUUUUUCUGUGAUUGUGUUUUGCUCUUGUUUUGCUUCCUGUACUUAGAACAAUAACUUUCUAGUGGAGCAGGUGUCAUCAUAAUGCUGAGUAUAUUUUUAUGUAGCCAUAGUGUAGCUAAUCUAUAUUUGCAAUUUUAGACAUAAAUGAUUAUGGGUGAAUAGCUUACCUAAUCUUUAUAUACCAACUUGACAUGUUUUGUUUUGUAGUUUAUAUAUAUGACAAAUAAACAUAGAUGAAUAAGGUUUUGUUAAUUUGUGGACAAGGACAACUCUCAAGUUCUGUAAUGUUAAAGAGCAAUUUUAUAGCUAUACAUAUAUAUUUUAGUGCCUUUUUUUCAGUAACAUGUAUUCAAUGUACCUCCAAGAUUGUGAUAAAUAUAUACAAGCAAUAUGAAUUUUAA